AAUUGAUUCCAAUAACAUCGAAAUAUUUCACCAGCGAAGUGUGAAAACCUUAAAGUCAUCGAAAUGAGGGUUCGCAAGGAAGUUCUGGUGACAAUACUCUUCCUCUUACCCAUUCAUACGACAGUCGGCAAAUUGAAGCCCACAACAUUGGGAGUGUCCAUCCUAAAUUGGGCGAUAGGCAUUCGGAACAUCCUCAAGACAGGUUCUGCGGAUAAAUACGGCUUGUGGGACGACGGCUUCAAUGCGCUGAAAUCUCUAAACGUUUUGUUCGACAAGAGUAUUAAAUCAUUACUCAACGAGUUGGAGGAAAUAGAAAAGGCCGAAGACCAUCUGCAAGUGCGUUUUAAAAAGGGGAAUGUUGAGCUCAGUCAGUGGAUCCUGAGAAACCAAUCGAUCACCCAGAAAGUCCUGAAGUUGGGGAGCCAUUUAGAGGCUAUUGACAGGAUCGCCGAUGAACUCCAGAAUCUGAAAAUAUUCGACUUUGUCAUCCCCCAACAACUGUGCAAAUGGGCGAAUGUAAUUGUUGAAAAAGAACGAAUGACGAAGGAAAUUGAUCGGAUUUACAGUGAGUCCUCUUCGGGACGAGAUUCCCUCUCGCUGCGGAACUUGGUCCGGUCAUUGUUGAAGAAUGCCGUAAACGACAAUUCUCGAUGUGGUCAAGGAUAUUCACCGUACGACUAUCUCCACACAAUAUACGAUUUAGUGAUGGUAGCAGAGAUGAGGGGAUAUGUCGUAGAAGCAUUCGCUCAUUAUCUUCUAUCUACGUACAAUGGCACCACUGUAACCUGCGAAUACUUAAGGGGAAAUUGGGAAACGGAGCUUGAGACAUUAUACAAGAGACUUCGCGCACAUGUCGGAGUCUAUAAUGAGCUGUUCAUCAGCGGACUGGAGCAUUUAUCGAGAGAAUUUCGGGCAUGUGAUGAUGAUUCGAAAUCUUUCCAGCGAGAUGAAACUUAUCUCGAAUUGGAGGGCGCUAUGCAACGGUAUCUCCACGCGUAUGACCCUGCCUCGUCGGCGCUUUCCAGUGGGCACUUGGACUGCAGUUUAUUGGACAGAAGAUACCGCUCCAAAAGUUGCGGGGUGAUUUCGAAUUCCUGCAGCGCCCCUCUCAAAUAUCCUUGCAUGGGCUACAUGACCGAUUGUGAGGCAGUGUCGAGUGCCGACGUUCUAGCUUGCAUCGCGAGUGUUCGUCCGCGACGUUACGAAUGGAUCAACAAGACGAACGGCGAGCCAGUAAGAGGUUGCAAAACGCAGACCUUCCAGAAAGGUACGACGUGUCUGUGUACCUGCAUUGACAACGAUGUUAACUCAAUGUCAACGCAUCUCUUCAACUUGCAACCGGUUGAGGCCGACGUAGCUAAUGACAUGGUAGUAACCGGGAUUAGAUUUAUAGUGCACAACGGAGUUCUGCAAUUUCAAAUACAGCAGGGGAAAUUGGGGAAUUAUUGGGCAAUCGAAGGAUCACCUGCGUGGAAACCUAUUAAUGACAUAAGUGAGAAGAUACGCGCGAAAAGAUUGGGCAGAAAAUUGCGAGGAGAGCUUCCGGGAGUCGAGGAAGGCAGGGACUACCUGAUCGUCAAAGAGGGAACGGGAUUGCAGUUGGACGCACUGCUCGUUCCCAAAGGACACGUUCUCACCGGAGUUAAAUUCGAUUUGGUCCCGAAGACGGCGCAGAAUUCCCCGCAGAGAGUGCAGAUUGCUGUGUUAUCAAGGCCAUUCAACGUUACAAGUGGAAUGUUGAGUAAUAUUGGGAAUGAACCCAAUGUCGUCAGAUCCGACAUCGUGGACAGGAAGAAAUUCGUGUACCCCAAGAAGAACGUACUCAGCCCACUUCCAGCGAAUUAUUUCUCAGGAUUGAAUCAGUGGGUCUCGAUUACAACUUCAAACGUGAAAAUUGAUUGGGGACAAACAACAUUACCGUAUUUCGACGCAAAACCUGUUAUAUCUGAUCCGCCAAGUGCACUCGGAGGAUUGGGAAUAUUCCACAAAUAUGGCGGUAACUUCACCGGAUUCGUCGCUUUGAAAUGCAUUUCAAUUGACUACGGCCACUUUAUGAAUGAAAACAACGUAUUUCCUCUAGAAGCAAAAAUCGAUGAGAAACUUGCGGAGGAAAUCAGAAUUUUGGAAGGAUAAUUGCUGUAAUUUGAUGCUCGUUAAUGUUGAAAUAAUUUGCGGAAAUGCGGAAAUAAUUUUAAUUAUCGUUAUAAACACAAUCUCUUGUUCGAAAUCCGUGAGACAUGUGGAAACAUAAAUAGGACACGUGUAGAAACUCAGAUAUGCUAAUGUAACAGAAGAAAAAUAAAAUCUCUCAAAAUA